AUGAUUGUAUUUUUUUCAGCAUUUAUGCAUAAAAUUAAACAGAUUUUUGCUUUAAAACUUUCUCUUGCUUAUAUUGUUGAUAAAUUUAAUAAAAAAUUGUCCUUAAUUUCCAAUUUUUAUUAA